CGGCAGAUGAAGGAAAAUGAAAACGGCCAUGUCGCGGUAGAAAUUCGUGUAGAGGUUUCAACGAGUUGGUCUGAGCUGUGGUGAAACUCAUUUUUAUUUCACGAAGACUUACCACUUUAUAUCACAUAUUACCAAUUCGGUAGUUCUUUGGACAGAAGGAAUAUUAAGCGAAAGUAAGUGCGUCGUUUUAUCCAGGCACAAAGAUGAGCGGAGGAGGGACACCGUAUAUUGGCAGCAAAAUUAGCCUAAUCUCCAAGGCCAAGAUUCGCUAUGAAGGAAUUCUAUACACCAUUGAUACGGAAAACUCGACUGUGGCUCUUGCUAAAGUACGCUCCUUUGGCACUGAAGAUCGACCAACUGACAGGCCUAUUCCUCCUCGGGAUGAAGUGUUCGAGUACAUCAUCUUUCGAGGAAGUGAUAUUCAAGACCUUACGGUUUGUGAGCCGCCAAAAACUGCAAGCAGCCUUCCACAGGACCCUGCCAUAGUUCAAUCAUCGGUCAGCUCCACCAGUUCUGCAUCUGCUGGGCCCUACGCUCCCUUCAGUCGAGCACCUGUCGCACCUUACAGCCAGUUUGGAGGGACGGCACUUGCAGCACAGCAGUAUGAGUCUGCUGCUGCAGGAGUGUGUACCAGUACUCAGGUGGAGUCUUUGGCAAAAAUUCCUGCCCUGGAGCAGCCGGUGCAGAGUCUGCCCUCUGCUGUUUCAGCUGCUCCUGCUCCUGUAAGGCAAAGGAGCCCACCAGGGAUGACUGCCCCGGCCAGACCCACCACUGGCCAAAAGCCCCCAGAGCCUCUGCAGCGGCAAAAUGCUCCUGAGGUGCAGAAAGUCUUGCAGCCUGACGGUGAACAUGCUGCCGUCGAAAACCGGGAUCCAAACAAGCGUCAAGCCGGUGAGCAAUUCGGAUCUCAGCCAAACCGCCGUGGCCGUGGAAAAGGAAACCGCAGCAGAGGCAGAGUGAACGUGCGCAGGGACGGCCCUAUGAAGUUUGACGAAGACUUUGAUUUCGAGUCGGCUAAUGCCCAGUUUCACAAAGACGACAUUGACAAGGAGUUUCAAAACAAGCUCAAAAUAAAGGAUGAUAAAGCACUGAAUGGAGAAGAAACUGCUGACUCAGACCAUCCAGUCACAGAGGGAACCACUGAGGAGGAGGAGCCGGCGAUAAACUCAUGUUACUAUGACAAGUCCAAGUCCUUCUUUGACAACCUGUCCUGUGAUGAUCCAAGGUACCAAGGGUUACAGACUGACAGUAACGCAGCACAGAUGUUUGUACAUAAAGCAGGGGAAAGAGGAUUUUCAAGGGACCGGAGGCCAACCUGGGCUGAAGAGCGGCGAAUGAACGCCGAGACCUUCGGCCUCCCCCUCAGACACAACCGGGGCAGAGGGGGCUUCCGGGGCCGAGGCUUCAUGGGUCCUCGAGGAGGUCGGGGACGACCCGUGAGCAGAGGUUCCUUCGGGCCGCCCCGAGGGGCCCCACCUGGGUUCAGAGGCGGGUUCAGAGGUGGCAGAGGAGGCCGGGAAUUUGAUUUUGAGUACAGGGUAUGUGUUAACGAAAAAAAUAACAUCAACUGUUUCUAUUGAGUGUGUUUUUCUAACUGUGUGUUUUGUUUCUUUUAGAAGGACAACAAAGUGGCUGCAUAGUAACAGCAGCGGUGACUGCACAAAGAACUAUUGCCACUUAGUAUGAAAAUAUUCCAGCUCAAGAAAUUUCCUUUUGGUUCUACAUUAAACAGACGUAACGAAGACAUCCCCUCAGACCCAAACACCAGUGUUGGAGUGACUGACAUCAGGGUGAAACUACAGCAGUUAAUUUCAGUCAAAUGGACGGGGUGUCUGAACGACACUUCUUUUUGAGUCACACUGUUUGUUUUUUGUAUUUUUUUUUACUUUUUCUUUUUCGUUUUGACUUACUUUCUUGACAACUGCCCUUUUGACGAAAGUCAUAUGCAGAAAACCCCACUGAUACUGUGAGCAGACCACAGAUCAUGUGAUCAUUAGCUUUAAAUGCGUUUCACCUAGUUUUCUGUUUAAUCUUACAGCACCGGUAUAGAUUGCCUGUGGCGUCUCGUGUUUCCUCUGUUCACACUUCAGGUGGCAGCCACUCGUUCUCUGCGUUUUAUACACUUUAUCAGUAGAUUUUUUUUUUUUUUUUUUGCAUUGUCAGUAAAAACAUUGAGGUCAAAGUCGGCUUAGAAAGAAAAAUCUGGAAUCUGUCAUGAUUGAUUUAGUGCGCUUCAGUAACUCAUCGCCCGUCAGACUCUUAGUUUUUAGAACACGCGCAUCGUUUGUAGAAUGAUUAGCCUGUGCUUUGAGCCACUGAACCUCCAGUGUCGGAAGAUUUUUUUUUGGUCUCUUUUCUGUUAUCGUUUUGCAGCCAGUUCUCUGCAGACUUUGUUACAAAAGACAUCGUAAUAGGAAAACUGUCAGGAGUCAGUCGUUUGACGUAUGGAGUUGGACAGCAAUAGCUUUAGACGUUUCUCUUUAGUUUAUUGUCUUUUGAGCAGGUCUGUUUACAGGAUGUGACUAAAUGAAAAAGGAGCAUUCCCCAUGACUUACGACUAAGAGAGAAGCCUCAGUUGUUAUCAGUACUUUUUGUAGUUUAUUAGAUAAGAAAGGCCUUGAGUUAAUUUGGUCACAUUUAUAAAGAACCUGGUCGACGUGUGAUCUUGAUUUUUGCCAAAUAGAACAUUUGAGGAGAAACGGAGAUUAACCGUAAUUUACAAAAAAAAUAAUAAAAAAAAUAAUGAACUCAUCACGUUUUCUCAGUUUGUAUUUCCUCAGUCUUCUCAAAGCGUCUACGUUGGGACAUAAUGAGCCAGCCGUCAAUGACACACCUCAGUUACUACGGACAUCUUUGUCUUACAGUUGUAUCUCUUCCACUGUUGUCACUGCAGCUUUGUUUACGAAGAGUGUGAAAUCUAGUCAACAGGUUUAAGUGAUGCGUUGACCAGAGGUGGCAGCGUGUCCGAUGUUCCUCUCUGGCCUCUUUUGUUGCAUUGGUAUCUAUUGAGUUGUUACCAUUUUUUCCCCCCUCUACGUCCGUGGACAAAGGGACAAAGAAGACAAAGGCAUUUUUUGGCAUUUGGGAUUUCUUUUCUUGCUCUUUUCGGCUGUGAAUUUAAAGUUGAUUAGGGAGUGCCUUCACAGUGGUCACUUUUAACAGCUCUCCCUUUAACUGCCAGGACAGCUUUUGACUUGUGUAUUGCUAGCACUGUAAGCUAAAAGUAGAUUUGUUUUUCUUUCCUUUAGCUAUGGUUGUAUAAAACGAGGCAGCCCGACCAACUGUGUGCUGCUUCAGUGAAAUUUUGACUGCUGAUCACUGCAUGAAUAGCCAUGAGAACCAUCACUUUGUACGGGACUUUGGCAAUAACCAGCAAGAUCGAAUCUGAGACAAAAAGAUUAUACUGAGCAAUUCACAACUGACUUGUUUUCAUAUGUUUGUUACUCCUUCCACUCACUGGAAUUGUAAACCAGGAAUUGUUGUCUUGAAAAUAUCAGCAAAGUUGAGUUUUUACAAUGAAUAAAGAAUUGUACAAUA